AUGGAGCCUGAGGACUACCCGGAAAAUGUGAAGGAGAUCAUUCGACAGGUGCAGGCCUACAUCUUCACCCGGCGCAUCCGAGUCAAGGAGAUCUUCUUGGAUUUCGAUCCCUUAAGAUGCGCAGCGCGUCAACAUUUGAAGACGGUGCUCCCAUCCGCGAUGAAGGGCUUGGUGCUUUUGAGCAUCAGCUGCAUUUUGCUGCAGCUUGGUCUAGCUGAUGAACCGCUCCCCAAGAUUUUACACAGCGAAACCACCCAGGAUUACUUGAAGCAGUAUGGCAUUGCAGUGGAAGAACACUUUGUGCUCACCAACGACAACUACAUCCUCCGCAUGUUUCGUUUGCCUCGCCCGAAUGCCCCAGUGGCGUUGCUGCAACAUGGCGUCUUGGCGUCGUCCUGGUGCUGGCUGGUGAACUCGCCCGACAAGUCCUUGGGCAUCGUGCUGUGGAGGAUGGGCUACGACGUUUGGCUCACCAAUAGCCGUGGGAACACCUUCAGCCGCAACCACACGGAGUACAAACCGCUCUUGAACCAGAAAUUUUGGAACUACACCUUUGAUGACAUGGGCUACUUUGACGUGGUGGCCAAUGUUCACUACAUCUUGCAGAUGACCUCGAAAAAGGAUUUGACCUUUAUAGGCUGGUCUCAGGGUACCACGCAGAUGUUCAUUGCGGCUCAGGGCCCUGAUCGAGAGUAUUUGAACAGCCAUGUGAACUUGUUCGUGGCUUUGUCUCCAGUUUCUUACCUCACCAAGCAGACCUCGCUGCUGUUGUCUGCGGCUCGCAAGUUCCGCUUGGGAGUGAUUUUGGGGAAGGCCUAUCCCUAUGAUGUCUUUAGCUGGUCUGAACUUCCAACCUUGGGUUCCUUUCUUUGUAAAGUGACCUUUGGCGUCAUCUGCGAAAUCACCGUGGACGUGAUCUGUGGACGAUCCUCAGUGGACAAUUCCGACGCGAUCCUCAACUUAGCGGCGCAUUUUCCGGCAGGAACCAGUGUGAAGGAUUUGGAGCAUUAUGAGCAAUUCAUUGACUGGGAGCAUUUUGGGCGCUUCGACUACGGCAAAACGGGCAACAUGGAGCAUUAUGGCACAAAUGAUGUACCUUUGUACAACCUCACGAAUCUGCAGAUGCCAACGGCAUUGUUCACGGGAUCCAAAGAUACCUUAGCAGAUCCUGAAGAUGUGAAGCGCUUGAUGAAAGACUUACAAGGCAAUGAUCACGUGGUCUACUCCAAGGAGUAUGAGGACUACUCCCAUUUGACUUGGAUGGUAGGCCUCACUGAUGAGUGGAUCAAUGACUUGAAAGUCCUGCUGAAACAGUACAAUCCCGUCACUUCCAUGGUUUCUGAGGACUUCUAUUCGGACUCCGUUCAGGACCUGAUGAAACCACAGGUGGUUCGGCAUCUUGAGUUCAUACGAGCUGUCGAUGGGGUCUUUGGAGGCUUUGAGCUGGAGAAGCAACCCAUCGUCAAGGUACCCAGGCCUGGGCACUGCUUGAAGAAGCACGGCGAUGACAUCAGCCCCUGCGAUGAUGAGGCCGCUGUGGAGCAGACCUUGAGACGCUUGGCGCUCUUGGUGAAGACCCGUGGCGUGAUCUUUGACAAGUGCUUUCAAGAUGCCGAGCGAUCCUUGGACACGUCGCUUCUUUGUCCUCGCUAUUCUGGAAAGGUCACAGAAGCUCAAUUCUGCAGCCACUUUCCCUUCAUGCAGGAUAUCUCGGAUUAUGAGCUCACUCUCAUACUGCAGCGAUACUACAACAGCGAAACAGCUGGUAUCAACUACGUGGCGAUGGACAAAGAUCUGCAAGCUCUGAUCGAAGAGCCGUUCCAAGAGAGUAGCUACUACGGAAGUGCGAAGAGCACGUGUUCAGGGCGCCCCACACCACGAAGCGUGGUCAAAGGUGGCAAUGCCUAUCGGCUUCCAAGUCCGCAGGAACAGGACGAUUUGGAUUCGGAACUUCUCGCCAGGCUGAAGGCCCACGGGCCCACGUGA